ACCCAUCCGUGGAACCUGUUCUCCGGUUCGCGUUGCACAGCCGGCCAGUAGACUUCGUUACUACCGAGGAUGCGCUCUCCGGGAGCUGGUACUUUUGGGGCAAAGCGCCCAAAUAACGAGCGAAAAACAAACGUUUGCCGCCGCUACCUUUCAACCGACGGGGUUAACAUCCGGAAUGAUGUAGGAGACUCCAACGGAAGCCUUCGUCUUUUGUUCCAUAUUUCUUCCAUUUAGGCAGGACUCAACCAGCAGACCGAAGGCCUUGGCUCGGAGGAACUAUCGGUGACAAGAUAGAGUCGACAGAAAAUGUCCACCGUGGUUAAAAUGUGUUUAUAAGUCACAUUUACCAAGAGUUGAGCGGAGAUUUUCUUUCCUCCUCGCCGUGUGACCAUGCGAAGAAUUCGGCUCUUCGUAGAGGAAUGUUCCGCUCGCUGGAGUUAGCUUCAUGGCCAACAGUAACAACAUGCUAGUGGCCUCCGCCGUGGUGGUGUGGGAAUGGCUGAACGAACACGGGCGGUGGCGACCCUACAGCUCCGUCGUCGCCCAUCAAAUCGAGGCGGCCAUUCGGAGCGGAGACCUCCGCGGAGGGAGCGUCAUUCUCGGCCAGGUGGAGAGUCGACUCUCGCCCUACAUCAUCGACCUCCAGUCCAUGCACCAGUUCAGACAAGACACAGGCACUAUCCGUCCGGUGAGGAGGUGUUUUUAUGACCCGGCCUCAGCCCCAGGACAGGGCUGGCAGUGGGAGUGGGAAAACGAUGCUGGUUCGUGGACACCCUAUGAUACAGAGGUGGCCAUCGCCAUCGAGAACGCUCACAGGUGCCAGCAACCCUGCCUUGACCUGACACCUCUUGGUUUUUGCUACCUCAUUGAUUUACAGAAUAUGACACAGGUCAAUAGACAGAGCCAGAAGUGUCGAAGGAUUCAGCGACGGGUUGACAUGGUCUACCCGCUCGUGUCUGGACCUCUCCCAUUGCCAAAAGGGGGAAGUGUAGGUGUAGGUGGAGGAGGGCUAACGGGUGCCCUGCUUGGCGUUGGGGUAUCGGGGGCCAGCAUGGGAACUGUACGUUCUGUUUACCCGAACGGGGGUAUUAUGACAACUGGACUGGCCCAGCCUUGUUCCUGCCAGCAAUGCAUGCUCGUAUUUAGUGUCAAAACAAACACAGGGGGGACCGGAGCAGGGAUACAAACUCUCGGAAGACGCUCAUUAACCAUGCAGCGGCCCAAGCACUUGGCAUCCACAAACUUCAAACCCCUGAAUCCAUCAAAAUCAGCCACCCUUGGCAGAGGACAGCACCAGAAGUCCAACACUUAUCAAACGCUGCCACAUGGCCUUGCCAUCUCUAGAAACACUGCGUCUCCAAGAAGGAAUUCCCAGCUGUUUGCCCAGUCCCUAGCUGCCCUCACAGCAGGGACCUCCACGCUGGGUAUCUCCUCAUCUUCAAAUAGGCCGCCUCCUCCGUCCCUCCCACCACCUCAGCCGCCAUCAUCCAACAUGACUGUUAACCCUUUGUCCAUUCCAACCAAGCAUUCCUCAUCUUCAGCGAAUGAAUCAGUGCCAACUGCCACAUUAGUUACUCCAGCCAGUGGUGUGACCACUCCCCCGUCCCCUGUGCCAUCUCCAUCGCCGGUGGUGAUGAAGCCGCAGCGUGCACAAUCUGCAGCUAAAGUGUGCCAUGCCCCGCUACCGCAGAGAUCAAGUUUAGCUGGGCUGAGUCGACCUGCGCUGCAAAGGAUCGCCAUGGCCCAGUCAAGAGCACUGAUAGCAUCAGGUGUUCCCACUGUUCCUGUGAAGAACCUCAAUGGAUCUAGUCCUGUUCACCCUGCGUUGGCCGGAAUCACCGGCAUCCUGAUGAGUGCUGCUGCUCUGCCUGUGUGUCUUACCAGGCCGCCUAAACUGGUACUGCACCCUCCUCCUGUCAGCAAAAGUGAAGUUAAACCAGUGCCAGGCUUUGGCCACUGUUGCAGAAAAACCACCAAGAAGCAGGCUCGUAAGGGUAAAACUCCAGAGGAGGUGGUUAAAAAGUACCUGCAAAAAGUAAAGAAUCCACCAGACGAGGAUUGCACCAUAUGUAUGGAACCCUUAGGGGGUCCAUCUGGAUACAAAGGUCCAGGUGUUGGACCCGUUUCCAGGGCAGAGUCUGUUGGGCGUCUUGCACAGUGUGGACACCAAUACCAUUUCCAGUGUCUGGUGGCCAUGUAUAAUAAUGGAAACAAGGACGGCAGUCUUCAGUGUCCCACUUGUAAAACCAUAUAUGGUGUAAAGACUGGUAGCCAACCAGCAGGGAAAAUGGAGUACCACGUCAUCCCUCACUCACUACCAGGCCACCCGGACUGCAAAACUAUACGCAUCAUCUAUAACAUCCCGCCAGGCAUUCAGGGACCAGAGCAUCCGAAUCCAGGGAAGCCCUUCACUGCCAGAGGCUUCCCAAGACACUGCUACCUCCCAGACAGUGAGAGGGGACGUAAGGUACUGAGAUUGCUUCUGGUAGCUUGGGACCGCAGGUUGAUCUUUUCAGUCGGGACUUCAAGCACCACAGGAGAGUCUGACACUGUCAUAUGGAACGAGGUCCACCACAAAACAGAGUUUGGCUCCAACCUGACAGGUCAUGGCUUCCCCGACCCUGGGCACCUAGACAAUGUUCUGGACGAACUCCGCGCUCAGGGCAUCACAGAGGAUGAUGGAUUGACAGAAAAGUGAACAGAAGAGGAAGACCAGCAGAUGUGAGGCUCGUAAUGAUGCAAAAGAGUAGAGGAUAAUGAUAAAGAAAGGGGAAGAGGAUUUAUAGAAAAUUACAGAAGCAAAAAGUGACCACCUGCCUGAAUUUAAAGGGUGCUGGAGAUCAUUUGUUUUUUUAAAUUAACCACUUUUUUAAACUUUUAAUUUAGUUAAUAGUGGUUUGCCUGUCAUUCCAAUCCUGUAUAGUUUUUUUUGGUGUAAUCUUUAGAAUUUGAAGUCUCAAUGAAGAAAUGAGUGGCAAUCAAAAGACGCCACUAAAAACAAAACAAAAAAUACAGCAUGAGGAAGGAGGACACACACUGUUUUGGCUGCUGAGCAACAAGGUACUAACUUUACACACAGGUAUGUGAGACUGAAACGGUACAAAUACUAACAAUAGAUACAAGUUUACUUUACUGAGCGAAAGGAGAAGAUUGUAAAAAUGGCUUAUCCAAAAUCGGGCGAGAGAAAGGAUCAAGAGAGCGAUUUCUUCAGUAGGGGAGGGAACUGUGGAAAUAAUGUGGCAGUCAGAGAGAGAGAAGGUUUUUGAAUGUAGUGUAGGAUAGGAGCUGAGUAGAACUAACUUGUAUGCUACUUUUACAGGUGCUAUCACCACAAACUCAUGAUGAACUUUGGUACUUUUUUUGUAAUAUUUCUUCUAUUGGUUUUCAUCUCGGGCUACAUCCAGCCUGUAAGCAAAUGAAAAUGUUUUAUUUCUUGUCUCUGUAAUCCUCGUUCAACACUGUUCUGUAACUUUCAUUCACAUUUUUAUGGUCUAAUGUCACACAGUGGAGCCUGUAGGAGUGAAUAAGUCCAAGGAACAAGUAUUUGCAUACACGUGAUUGUUUUCAAACAAGGUUUACAUGGUCUUAAGUAGAGAUGUCCGAUAAUAUCGGAUAUUAUCAGCAGCUAAAUGUAAUAUUGGAAAGUAUCGGUAUCUGUUUCAAUAUUAUCGAUAUUGGUUUUAAAAAGUAAAAUGUAUGACUUUCUAAAACGCCUCUGUGCACACGGACGUAGGGAGGAGUACAAAGCACCAAUAAACAUUAAAGGCACUGCCUUUGCCUGCCGGCCCAGUCACAUAUCUUCGGCUUUUUACACACGCAAGUGAAUGUAAGGCAUACUUGGUUGACACCCAUACAGGUCACACUGAGGGUGGCCGUAUAAACAACAUUAACACUGUUACAAAUAUGUGCCACACUGUGAACCCACACCAAACAAAAAUGACAAAUACAUUUCAGGAGAACAUCUGCACCGUAACACUACAUAAACACAACAGAACAAAUACCCUGAAACCCCUGGCUGCACUAACUCUUCCCGCCCACACCUCAACCUCCUCAUGCUCUCUCAGGGAGAGCAUGUCCCAAAUUCCAAGCUGCUGUUUUGAGGCAUGUCAAAAAAAAUAAUUACCUUUGUGACUUCAAUGAUAAAUAAGGCAGUGCCGUGUUGGCAUUAUUUUCCACAACCUGAGUUGCUUUAUUUUGGAAAACCGUGUUACAUUGUUUAAUGCAUCCAGCGGGGCAUCACAACAAAAUUAGGCAUAAUAAUAUGUUAAUUCCACGACUGUAUGUAUCGGUAUCGGUUGAUAUCGGAAUCGGUAAUUAAGAGUUGGACAAUAUCGGAAUAUCGGAUAUCUGCAAAAAAGCCGUUAUCGGACAUCUCUAGUCUUAAGACAUCACAUGUACAAUUCUAAACUAAAUACUAAAACGGGCGGGGGACAAUAGGUAUUCAGGUUUUGCGCUUGUGGAAGGUAAACCGUAGUGAUGGAUGAAACGAUACAGAAGCACGAGUGAUACAGUGUCCUUUGAUACCUCGGUGUGUGUGUGUCACUUUAAAAAUCAUGUGGCCGAUAUAGCUGCUGUGUUAUUUGACUGCAAAAGCGCCAUAUUGUUUCUCAUAAAGCUCUUUUACCAUUAUCAAUCAAUAUGGAACUGAGAAAAAGUUCAGAAAAGUGCCAGAAUUUCACUUUUACAAAGCCAAAUAAGGUCAAAGUUCUUCUUUUCCAGUUUACUAUUUGGCUCAUAGACCAGAGUUGUGCAUUUCGUAUUCCUUUCUGCACAGUUAUUCAUUUAAAAAUACACAUAUUAUAAUUGUUAACUAUUAAUUUUAUUUGUGUGUCAAAUGUAGUGACUUUUUUUUAAAAUACAGCAGAUGCCGCCAUCACAGUAUUAGGGCAUUGUCAAUACAACCAGUGUAUGCCAACGACAUUUGCUAGUACUGGUAACCAGAUUGUAAGUAAAGCAUUAAAAUGCAAAAACAAGGAACAAAAGAUAGUAAAAAAAAAAAAAAAAUCUGUGGAAAACAGGCUGGUCACCAGCUAGUCAAAAGUUUAGGUCUGGCUGUCAUGUCAUUUUCUGUUAAAUACUCUUAAUGACCCCCCGAUGCAAAAGAGAAAAAUAUUGUUGAACCCCACAAGGUUUCUGCCGAUUUUGAAUGAUGUAAGAGUGGGAAAAAAAACAACUAAAUAUUACCUCAAAGUCGGAGGAUAAAUACACGGGCUGAUCUUUGACUCAAAUUAAGGCCCUUUAGCCUUUACGGGUGCGGACUUCCGGCUAGGGCUGGGCGAUAUAUCGAUAUAAACGAUAUAUCGCAGGUUUGUCUCUGUGCGAUAUAGAAAAUGACUAUAUCGUAAUAUUCGAUUAUAUGUUUUCCCACACUUGCUUUUAGCUGCGUGCAUUACAUUACUGGCGUUUCUCCCUCCUUCUUGUGUCACCUUCUCACGGAGACGUAAAACAAGCCCGCCUUGUUACAAUACGUCACAUACUGUCGUGCAUGUAGCGUCACAUGCUCAUGCCGAGAGCUAACGUUAGCUGAGGCAGGUCGAGUUGCUUUUAGCUGCGUGCAUUACACAACAGGCGUUUCUCACUCCUCGUCUCUCUUUCUCACAGAAACGGAAAACAAACCCGUCUUCUUACAUACGUCACAUACUCUCGCGAGUGUAGCGUCAUAUGCUCUCGCCGACCAGAGAGGUAGCAGCAUGGCUAACGUUAGCUGAGGCAUGUCGGGCAGAGCGGAACUUGUGACAAUACAAGAGAGAGAUGGUGUGAAACUGAUCACAAAUGGAGGAAGAACAAUAAAUGCCCAAAAUAAAGAGCACGGGGUCCAUCAUCAGGCGGUGGUUUGGCUUCAAGUUGGAAGAUAUUCAGCAGACAACAGCAAUAUGCAAAGUAUGCAACAGAAGUGCUACUACAAAAAGGUAGCAACACUAUUCAUUUGUUCUUUCAUUUAAAAAGUCACCCGCGAGAGAAUGAAGAGUAUUUAAUAAAUACACAUUUGGUCAAUUGACUUAGUUGUGAUUUCCCUCUCUACAUGAAAGUUUAAAAGUAGCAUAUAUAAAUGCAGUAUGAAGAAGAAUGUUUUAAUGUAGACACAUAGAAUCAUCAUACUGCUGUGAUUAUAUGCAUUAAGUGUUCAUUCAAGGCCAAGGCAAAAUAUCGUAAUAUGUAUCGUAUAUCGCAAUAUGGCAUAAAAAUAUCGCAAUAUUAAUAAAAGCCAAUAUCGCCCACCCCUACUUCCGGACAAUAAUAAUAAAAUGACAUCACACACUAAAAUAUGAAAACAAUGUUAAGACACUGUGAUAGAAAAUAUUUCUGAUAUAAAAAUGUGAGUGGACAUUAUACUGCAUUCUAAAAUGAUUUAAAACUUGUGAGCGUGAAAGGUUUCAAACUGGAAAAAAAAAAAAAGACAAAACAUGUUUGUGUCUUUUAAGCUGAAUCCCAAUUCUCCCUUUAAUUUUCCCUCCUUUCUUUUCGCUGCCAGCCCUCGUUUCUUGAAACUGAGUCAAGGUUUAGCAGUGGAAAACACAAUCCAUCAAUCGAAUUGCUAGCACUUGUUCCUUUCGGGGUGGCGGGGGGUGCUGCAUUUGGGCGUAAGGCGGUGUACACCCUGGACAAGUUGCCACCUCAUCGCACGGCCAACUCAGAUAGACAGACAACAUUCACACACUAGGGACCAUUUAGUGUUGCCAAUCAACCUAUCCCCAGGUGCAUGUCUUUGGAAGUGGGAGGAAGCCGGAGUACUCGUAGGGAACCCACGCAGUCACGGGGAGAACAUGCAAACCUCACAUAGAAAGAUCCCGAUUGAUCCGGGAUUGAACUAAGGACCUUUGUAUUGUGAGGCAACACGCUCAAAAAAAUUACACGUUGUUCAUUUCUUGAUACGUCGUCACCUCUAGCCGCCAGGUGACUGUUAUUAUUAAUAGACUGAUAAAAAAACGAUUGUCACUGUAUUCAGAAGCUACAAUAUGUUUGUUUCAGUCGUCCCCCCUUUAUCGCUAUUGGUUGUUGUCUGACCCGUUGGUGAUAAGUGGAGAUGUCCGAUAAAAUCGGGCUGCCAAAAUGCUUUAAAAUGUAAUAUCAGAAAGUAUCGGUUUCAAAAAGUAAAAUGUAUGACUUUUUAAAACGCCGCUGUACGGAGUGGUACACGGACGUUGGGAGAAGUAAAGAGCGCCAAUAAACCUUAAAGGCACUUCCUUUGCGUGCCGGCCCAAUCACAUGAUACCUACGGCUUUUCACACACACAAGUGAAUGCAAUGCAUACUUGGUCAACAGCCAUACAGGUCACACUGAGGGUGGCCAUAUAAACAACUUUAACACUGUUACAAAUAUGCGCCACACUGUGAACCCACACCAAACAUGUAUGACAAACACAUUUCGGGAGAACAUCCGCACCGUUACAUAACAUAAACACAACAGAACAAACACCCGGAGCCCCUUGCAGCACUAACUCUUCCGGGAGGCUACAAUAUCACUGCCCCCCACCCGCAUCAAUCUCCUUAUGCUCUCUCAGUGUGAGCAUGUUCCAAAUUCCAAGCUGCUGUUUUGAGGCAUGUUAAAAAAAAAUAAUGCUCUUUGUGACUUCAAUAAUAAAUAUGGCAGUGCCAUGUUGGCAUUGUUUUCCAUAAGUUGAGAGGAGCCAGAUGAGGUGGUUCGAGCAUUUGGUCAGGAUGCCACCCAAACGCCUCCCUGCGGAGGUGUUUCGUGCACGUCCGACCGGUAGGAGGCCACGGGGAAGACCCAGGACACGUUGGGAAGACUAUCUCUCCCGGCUGGCCUGGGAACGCCUCGGGAUCCCCCGGGAAGAGCUGGUCAAAGUGGCUGGGGAGGGGGAAGUCUGGGCAUCCCUGCUUCGGCUGCUGCACCCGCGACCCGACCUCAGGUGAGCGGAAGAAGAUGGAUGGAUGGGUGGAUGGAACUUGAGUUGAUUUGUUUUGGAAAACCUUGUUUCAUUGUUUAAUGCAUUCAGCGGGCAUCACAACAAAAUUAGGCAUAAUAAUGUGUUAAUUCAACGACUGUAUAUAUAUAUCGGUAUCGGUUGAUAUCGGAAUCGGUAAUUAAUCGUUGGACAAUAUCGGAAUAUUGGUAAAAAAAGCCAUUAUUGGACCUCCCUAAUUGUAAGCUUUAAAAACAAGGUUCAAAUCAUGGCAAUAUUUACUUGGAGAAAAUAAUUGAAUACCGAAUAAAACCCGUCCAUAUUACAUUUUAUUAUGUUACAUUUACAUGCUUGUUGCCAUUUUGUCAGCCAUGUUGUGAUGGGAACUUGAAACAACACUUGGUUGCAAGUGUGUUUGGGACCACUCUUUGUUUGGAGUAUUAUACACACGUUGGCAUUUAGCCCUUCCCUGGGGAAUUGGGACACCCCUCGCUCGACGAAAAGGGGAAGAAGUGGGAUUCAGCCUAAGAAAAGUAAAACUUGGAAUUUCUCCACUCUUUUUGUGUCAUCUGAUGAUGAUAAUAAUGGAUUAGAUUUAUAUAUAAUCCUGCACGUUUUCAUGACCAUUUUGUCCUCAAUCUCAUGGCGAUAUUGGAGACUGAGCUUUUUUGUUUGAAACGCUCCUUGUCAUCUUUAUCUAUUUCUCUACCAAGUGAUGACUCGGGUUAAUGAAUGGACCUUUAUCUUUAUGUUUUUAGCUCGUGUGUGUGGCCAGAGAAAUGUGUAUCCUCUCCACACACUCCAAGUUAAGAGUAUUAUGUACUGUACUUCUAGAUUUUCUGCACUAACAAGAUCAUUGGGAAAGGUGUAUAAUAGUGGAACAAUGCUCUAAUGUCAAACAACCACUCAAGUCAUAGUCUUGUUGUUGUUACUAAAAAAAAGUGCCCGCUUAAACCGAUGUCUUGCAAAAGUAUUCACCCCUUUGGAAGUUUCGGCCUUUUAUUGCUUUAUAUUUUUGCGGGGCACUGUACCAAUUUGGGAACCAAAAAUGUGUACGUGUAAAAGCUUUAUUGUCAUUGCAGAUGUAAAAAAAAUACAACAAAUUCACCAUAGCGCCUUUUGGGAGAAAGAGUAUAAAAUACAUGACAAUAGAAGAAUCAAAGUGAAGUUAGAAAAGCACACAGAGUGCAGACCUCCGCCAGGCCCUACGUCCCAAUAGUAAAAAAAAAAAAAAGGUUGGGGAUCCGAAUCAGCCCCAAAUUGUAAUCAUGUUACGGACAUUUUCUGAAAGUUUUAUGAAAAUUUGCCCAAAAUAUUUUGGACUUGCUAGGAAUUAAAUAAACUGAGUGACACGCCUGUUGCCUGUCUCUGCUGUAUUUGUCUCUGCGGUGUUUAUAGCAUAAAUACAAACUUAAAUGUAAGGUCACCAAGUAGAAACAUUCCAGAUCAGGCCCCAAAUCUAAUCAAUUAUUCUUUAUCCCAUCCAUCCAUCUUCUUCCGCUUAUCCAAGGUCGGGUCGCGGCAGCCUAAGCAGGGAAGCCCAGACUUCCUUCUCCCCAGCCACUUCGUCCAGCUCCUCCCGGGGAAUCCCGAGGACAUGUUGGGAAGACUGUGUCUCCCGGCUGGCCUGGGUCUUCCCCGUGGCCUCCUACCAAUCUGGCUCCUCUCGAAGUGGAGGAGCACUUUUUGAGCUCCUCCCGGAUGAAAGAGCUUCUCACCCUAUCUCUAAGGGAGAGACCCGUCAUUUCGGUCGCUUGUACCCCUGAUCUUGUCCUUUCGGUCAUAAUCCAAAGCUCAUGACCAUAGGUGAGGAUGGGAAUGUAGAUCGACUGGUAAAUUGAGAGCUUUGCCUUCCGGCUCAGCUCCUUCUUCACCACAACGGAUCGAUACAGCGUCCGCAUUACUAAAGACCUUGCACCGAUCCGCGUGUCGACCUCACGAUCCACUCUUCCCUCACUUGUGAACAAAACUCCAAAGUACUUGAACUCCUCCACUUGGGGCAAGAUCUCCUCCCCAAACGGAGAUGGUAUUCCACCCUUUUCCGGGCGAAAACCAUGGACUCGGACUUGGAGGUGCUGAUUCCCAUCCCAGUCGUUUCUCAUUCGGCUUUGAACCGAUCCAGUGAGAGCUGAAGAUCUUGGCCAGAUGAAGCCAUCAGGACUACGUGAACUGCAAAAAGCAGAGACCUAAUCCUGCAGCCACCAUACCAAAUACACUCAACGCCCUGACUGCGCCUAGAAAUUAUGUCCAUAAAAGUUAUGAACACAGUCGGUGACAAAAGGCAGCCUUGGAGUAGUCCAACCCUCACUGGAAACGGCAAUGCGGACCAAGCUCUGACACUUAUCAUACAGGGAGCGAACCGCCACAAUCAGACAGUCCGCUACCCCAUACUCUCUGAGCACUCCCCACAGGACUUCCCGAGGGACACGGUCGAAUGCCUUCUCCAAGUCCACAAAGCACAUAUAGACUGGUUGGGCAAACUCCCAUUCACCAUCAAGGACCCCAGCCGAGAGUAUAGAGCUGGUCCACAGUUCCACGACCAGGACGAAAACCAAACUGUUCCUCCUGAAUCCGAGGUUCGACUAUCCGACGUAGCCUCCUCUCCAGUACACCUGAAUAGACCUUACCUUCUUUAUCCCAUUUCUAGCAUUUCCCGAAACUUUCGUGAAAAUCCGGCAAAUAAAGAGUUGGCUAUAGUGCAAUGAAAGAAACAGCGUGAACCCACUUGUUUCUCUCCAUGGCCGCUAUCUUACACAAACAGAACUUGAAAAUUGUAACGUAGUAGGCCAAAAAUCCUGAACGUUUUGUGAAAAUCCGCGCAUAACUUUUUACAUUUCUUUGACAACUAGCAAACAAACGAUGACAUAAAACGAGGGGCUUUGACAUAGAAAAUAACAGGUUCCACUGUAUUACAACAAUAAUGGUCCUCUCUGUAUGGUUACUCAUUUAAAUAGGUUUAAAAAUAGACCAUUUCUCUAUGAUAGUAUUACCCUAACAUGAUCAUAGUGUUAAUAGUUUUGUCAAUUUACUGUGUAUUCUUUGUGUGUUAUGUUUAAUGCAAAAUGUUUUUAUUUACCAUUUUCAUGGCAUAAGUAAUGCUGAUUUCAACAUGUUUUUUCUGAAAUAGGGGAUUUAAUUGAGCAUUCUUGUAUUUUGUCAUAUAUAUUGCUCUGACGACCCAAACACUGUACAAUUGCUUCUGGAAACUGCUAAUGCUGUGUAGUCAGUAAAUGACUUUGAACUAUGGACAAUGUUAGAAGACUGGUUACUGAUGCCAUGUGGUGCAGUGUUUGAACAAUGUGAGCAAUAAUACCUCACCAUUCGACUUGUGUUCCUCCUUUGAAAGCAGAUCGAUUCCCACUCGGCGUUCCUCCAGAAGACAAUAGCACAUCUUUUUGUGAGCCCUUUGGGAUUGUGCCUGUUUUUUUGAUAGGACAAUGGGAAAUGUGUGGUACGAAGGGCAAUGUGUAACAGAAAAUGCUGGAGUAAGACUGAUUAAUACACGUAAAAUAAACAAUGAACAAAA